UCAUAACAAUAACAAUUCAUAGUUCCAUCAUCUCCGAUGGAGCCAAAAUUUCACAAUUUUUUGGCUUUGGGGUGUGAUGGAAUAAAUCAAAAUGGAUCUCUAAACUGUCUGCGCUUCUUUAAUUAAUGAAGUAGCAGUUAGUCAAGCAAUGCAACUUUCGACGUUGAGCCGGGGGUCUCUUUGGAAACAGCCUCUCUACUUUCGAGUAGGGGCAAGGUCUGCGUACACACACCCUCCCCAGACCCUACUCUUGUGGNAGUUCAUAACAAUAACAAUUCAUAGUUCCAUCAUCUCCGAUGGAGCCAAAAUUUCACAAUUUUUUGGCUUUGGGGUGUGAUGGAAUAAAUCAAAAUGGAUCUCUAAACUGUCUGCGCUUCUUUAAUUAAUGAAGUAGCAGUUAGUCAAGCAAUGCAACUUUCGACGUUGAGCCGGGGGUCUCUUUGGAAACAGCCUCUCUACUUUCGAGUAGGGGCAAGGUCUGCGUACACACACCCUCCCCAGACCCUACUCUUGUGGAUUUAACUGGAUCGCUAAUAAGGAAGCUCAUUCUUCAUCUGCCAUCGCCGCUUCUCCGCCGUCAACGCCGCCUACCGCCGCCGCACUCUUCACCGGAAACAAUUAAUUGCAGAAGCUGCAAUGGGGUGGGAUGCUUCAAAUGGUUCCAAGACCUUUGGACCGGAUUACUUUAGCUACUAUAAAUCUGAGAUAGCAGAGUUACUAUCCCAAGAUGAAGAUUUUCUGCCUUCUUUGUCACAUCAAGAUUCUGCCUCCGCUAAAGUUGUGAAUGGGUAUAAGACUAGUGAAAAGAAGAAGCAUAAUAGUGCAAGUUCGUCUUCCUUGUUUCAUGGUUGCAUUAGUCCUGAGGUCUAUGAGUUAAAAAGGGAAAAGCUGAAAUCUCUACUUCGCCGUAGUGUUUUUUCUCUUUCGCAGGAUGUUGAUGAGGGAGUCUUCCAAGUAACUCAGCUACUGAUGCACCUGAAACUGAUCAAGAUCGUCCUAGUAAGAAGGUCAAACUGUCCACUUUUCCUCUGCGAGCUUCUGAAAGUCAAGGCCCCGAGGACAAAUCUGUUCGAGAGCAAUGCCUGCAGACUUGAAUGCAACAAGGGGAAUGAGCCUUUGCAACCCAACAACAAAAAAAAGAAUGAUGACCUUUCAGAUACAAGUGUUGGGGCUGCUAAAGAAGAUGAAGUCGAUGGUCGUUUGGUUCUCCUCCAGAGUGAAAGCUCAAUCGUAGAGGAAGGACUCAAAAGGGUAUCCGAUGAUUUGUCAGCUGUGCUUGACCACAUGGAGCAGGAACUUAAAGAACUACUUGAUGCCGUGAUGUCGAAGUGCAGGUUAAUGACCCUCGCUGAGAAACAAGAACUCCAACGAAUGAUUAAGAACCUGCCACCAAGAAAUCUAGACAGUGUUGCAGAGAUUAUCCGUUGUCAAGGGCAAUCAGAUGCACAUUCUUGCAACGAAAUGCACAUUGAUUUGGAAAAAGAGGACAAUGCAAAGCUUUGGCAUUUAUACUUCUACGUCAAAGCUGUUGGAAAUGCUACAAAGCUCCGUAGUGCUUCUUGAUAAUCUUCCUGAUCGAUGGGGGUGGGGUGGGGAUGGUAGGGCACGUGCCCUACGAGCUACUGCAGAUUGCCUUUGGAGGGGAUUUUUGAUGAAAUAUGUNAAGAACUCGAUACUGCCUCUGCCACUGUAACUAGCCGGGUGCUUGUCACAUUUGGUGCCGCAUUGGCUACCUUCCCAAUGUGUUUGUUUAGUACAACAAAUAGUUGGAGGAAUUUAAUUAGUUGAUUCAAAUCCAAUGAAUUUGAGAGCACACU